AUGGCGACUACAUUUAGCUCUGGAAGCCAGAGCCCUACAUCACUUUCACGGACUAUAGAUCGUGUAUUUGAGGAUGCACAGCACACUGGUGAAAUCAAUUUAAGUGGAAGGAAAUUAAAGGAGUAUCCACAAAGUGUCGCCGUUAAAUAUGACUUGGUAGAUACGAUAGGAGCAGAUCUGUCCAAGAACAGACUACAAGAUGUCCCAAAGGAGGUGUGUGACUUUGGGUCAAUGGAGAAACUCAACUGCUACCAUAAUGUGCUUAAAUUUCUCCCUGACGCCUUGGUCCAGCUACAGGCUCUCACCCAUCUUAACCUCAGUCGAAACCAGCUGUCCAUGAUCCCUGCCUUUAUAUCCCAGCUUCACCAACUAGAAGUCCUGAUUGCUAGUCACAACAAGCUGGUUUCUCUUCCUGAGGAGAUUGGUGUUCUGGACAAACUCAUGGAAAUAGACGUGAGUUGUAAUGAGAUUUCGCACCUCCCUAACCAGAUUGGAGACCUCAAAUCUCUUCGCUCCCUUAAUGUACGCCGCAACCUUUUAAUUGAAUUACCAAUAGAAAUAUGUAAAUUAAAUCUUCGAAAGCUGGACUUUUCAAGUAAUAAAAUCUCCAAGAUACCAACAUCAUUUCGAAAAAUAGAAACAUUAGAAGAAAUAUGCCUUGAAAACAAUCCAUUAACCCAGCCGCCUGCCCAUGUGUGUACAAAAGGUAAACAACACAUCAUGAAGUUUCUUCAGAUUGAGGCUAUUCGAGAGGAAAGGAAGAGAGGUGUCAUGAACGACGCGGAAAUGAAACGCCUAAGAAAAUCUCUACCACCACAGCAGUCUAUAUCAUCUGAGGAAUUCCGUAAUAUGAUGGAGUCACCGGAGAAUAAAGCAUGGAAACGACACACAGUCCUGAGUAGUGAUUCUGGCUACAGCACAACUGACAGCAUAGAGAAAUGUGGUUGGUCAACAUCAGAGACAAAUGGAGACAUCAGCCACAUGGAAGAUGCGACUCAUCUCUCGCUGAAAACGGCAGAGAUGGUCCGAGAACAACGUCAUGUGAGAGAUUUGGAAUAUCGUCACCGGCCGCCUCCGCACGAACAGAGACUCCAUCCUCCCCCUCCCCCGAUUACAUUAGUCCCACAAGCUGAUCUACCCCCCAAGUCCCCAGUCCUGACCCCUAAAACUCCUACACCUCAGCAUAACCAGCAUCCCAUGUAUUCACAGGCCCCUCCCCCAUGUAGCCCGGAUGGCUACCAGUCCAGCAGUCCACAGCUGACCCCCGACACACCGGUCGCUAUCCAAGCACAGGGCUUUGACGACCAGUUUUCCAGGGAGCUGCAGCGUCAAAAAUCAGACUAUGAACGACGAAAGAAGAUGGCAGAGCAGCUUCGAAUGCAGCAAGAACAAGAGGAUGAGAAAGAGCAGCGUAGACGUGCUGCCAUCAAGCUGCAGGAGGAGCAGAGAGCACUGCUGGACAGACAGCGUGAAGAGAUGCGAGCUCAAGAAGAUGCAAGGUUGGAAGCUCAGAGACAGGAUGAGGCACGAAAGAGGGAGGAGGUACAAUUACAGGAAGAGCGGCGGGCACAGGAGGAACACAGACGGCAGGAGGAAGAAAGGUUACGGGAGGAUCAAAGACAGAAAGACGAAGCACGACAGAGGGAGGAACAUAAACAGCACGAGGAUACUCAACAAUACAAAGUAGAAAACAAGAACUUGAAGCCACGCAGAAGCACUACCGAUAAUACGUUAAGAAAACCAGGCCUCACAUCACAAAGUUUUAAAGAGGACCGGAAAUCAACGUCUAGUAACUCCCAUUACCGAAGAACAGCGUCUGACAGUACCCCUAAACACCCCCAGUCAUCCAUACCCCAUAAUACUGCUUCUGGUCGCUCAAAUCCUGUUAAGAAUGGUCCCUCCAAUCCAAGAAGUCCCGCUGGGUCAUCAUCAACGUCACUUGUUUCACCAAGUCCUAGUCCCCGAUCAUCCAUUGGAUCUGCUGGACCAAGUCCAGCAUCGUCAACGUCGUCAGUAAACAAAGCUGGCGAACAAAAACAGAAUCCAAGUUUAGUGACAAGACGUGGAAAAAUAUCAGAGCGUGUAGCUACAUCAGCAAAUUCAGCAAAGGGUUCCGCAGGUGUAGAGCGUCAUGGGCGGGCCACGACAGCAUCCACGACAAGUACUGUUAAUCGUCAAACAGCUAUGUCAAAAACGCUGCCAACUACAACAUCAACAAACAGUGCGAGGAAAAAUCAUUUAACUCCUGAGGAAGAGUUCCGGCAGAAACACCAGGCCCUGAAAACUUCUCAACACCAAGAGGCACAGCGAGCCAAGUCACGAGUGGAAGACCCGAACAAACUGCGGCAAACUCAGAGAGAGGCUGUCAACAACUUUGUAUCUAAGAGACAAAGCAGUACAUCCUCUGAUGAAGACAAGAAGAAAAUCCUUGCUCCUCGCACCACUUAUUCCUCAAUGUCUGCUAAACGCCAGGGAGGAGUGAUGUCCAGUAGCACGAUGAAGGUAAUAGACAGUUACAAAGAUGCUGAUCCAAAUUUUACCAUCCGGCGACAGAUGGAACAGCAGAGGGAGGAGGUGGAAACCAUGGAGAGCUUACGACGAACAAUUGAGACUAAGUUAAAGGUGACACUACCAGAAAAUGUUCAAGAUGUACUGCGGGAUGGUGUGCUACUAUGUCAGUUGGCCAACAGUAUACGACCGCGUUCUGUCACCAGCAUACACGUUCCCUCACCAGCUGUGCCAAAACUGACCAUGGCAAAAUGUCGAAAAAAUGUGGAAAACUUUUUGGAGGCUUGUCGAAAAAUUGGAGUAAACAGGGAUCAAAUUUGUGCUGCACAAGAUAUUUUGGAAGAGAAAGGGAUCUCAAGGGUAGCCACAACCAUAUCUGCUCUCGUUGCCAUAACAAUCAAUCCCAGGUCUUCCAAUGUCUGACAGUGUCCCUGAAUUCCAAGACAAAUAUAGUUAGAUUCUAAAGAGAGUCAGUUGGCUGUGUGCUAAUUGACAUCAAAAACAAAUACGGAAAGCAUGUAUCGAUAUUGCCUAUCGUUAUUCAUUGUCUCUUUUUGUAUUUGGGGAGCCAAUUUGUUAACAUAGGCUCAAGGCCAGAUUAAGCCAAUCUCAUUCGGUCAAACCUUUCAUACAAGUACCGUAUUUCGUAUGACCAACCAUAUUUGGUUAAAACUACCACGUUCGAAUGAAAAAUAUAGUCUAGUCAUAUUUGACUUUACCAACAAAUUUGGUAAAAAGACAUAGUAGUACUAUGGCUAUAUUCGGUAGUAUUACCUUAUUUGGUAAGUAAGAUUACCUAUUCCACUUCAACCCUAGGUUGAAGUGUGACCUUCAGGCAAAGAUGCUGUGACCUGAUGGCCUGCAAUUGGUGACAUCCACUUUGAUUUUGUCAUGAUUGGCAAUACAUACCAUGGUAACUUAAACAUCUUGUAUGUCUUCUUAAUCUGUCACGCAAUGGUAGUAUUUACCUAAAUAUUGUUGUGUGACAUUGAAAGUCAAAAUUAAGAAGAAUGAACGAGGCAAGAUGAAGAUUAUCAACUACUUUUUCAUGAUUGGUAAAAAGUGACGUUUUUAAAUGCCUUAUAUGGUCUCGCAUUUGACGUACCGAUCUAGUCAAUGGCCGAUACGUCUUGCUGGCAAUGAUGCAGCUCUAUCAAGGAUGACCAUGUGUCUGGUGCGACACUACAGGUUAAACAAUGACCAUACAUACUUUUGUGAUAUUUUUUUGACCUAAGUAAUGGUCAUUUCUUCUCCAUUGUCCCGUGUUUUACAGGAGGGUUUCUCCUGAUCUUCGCUUAGACUCUCUGAUCUUUAUAUGGUAACUAGGUUUAAUUACCUGCUUCAUAUCUAGUAGAGUUUUAUUUAUCAAAUCAAUCAGGGUGUUUUUAUGUAUGCUAAGCCUGCCUUUUGUAGUGUUUAACCUAGUGAGAUACUUCUGCAUGUAUUUUGUCCAGAAUUGCCAGCAAAUUGUAACACAAUUAAGUUGUAUUUAUUAUAGCCUACAAAGUAGAAAUCGGAAUUUCAAGGAUUGUAUGUAUGAAGAAAUAUUCUAGAUGUAUUUUAAAGGGAAGACAUUUCAUUAUACGAUCGAGAUUAUUUGAGAUAAAACAUAAUUUGAUGGAUAUAUGAACGAAUAAGAGCAAAGAAUAUAUGUACCAGAGCGGAGAAAUAUAAGAGUAAUAGAUCAUGUAUAUAGCAGGAAGAAAUACAAUGUAAAUAGUAGCUCUGACAUGGUAGUCAAUACAGAUACAAUAUAGUGAUGAUUUAGGUUGAUGCCAGAAAAGUCAAUGUAAAAAUACUUCAUAUGAUACGAAAAAUGGAAUGAAAAAUCCUAUCAAAAACAGAUUACCCCAUUUUUGGCAUUCAGAAACUUUUUUGAUACCAAUAAAACAUUACUAAAACUACGAAAACGUUUGUGUUUUAGAAGUAGGUUAUCAAGAACAACAUAUUGUAAAGAUUUUAGUAUAAAACUUGUUUACUGGAAUAUUUACAUCUGACAUCUUGUACAAUAUGUAUCUUUUUAAAUUGCAUGCAGUUCUAUAAGAUGUACAGAUAUUUAUAACAAAUAUUUUACUUUGACUGCAGGCAGUCAAGAUAGCUUUCAUUCGAGAUGUCAUCAGUAAAUCAAGUAUAUCUUCGAUAUGUUUGAUACUGUAGUGGCAAAAGCUUGUAUAGCUUAUUCAUCACAAGUACUGUAAAUUCAAAUGUGUCCCGUUAGGACUUGGUGACUCAAGGGUAAAUAAAUAUCAAAGCACAGGGUCAGGUUGGUUUUGAAUGUUUGCAGUUAAUACAUAAAGGCAAAAUUACAAAAUUAUACAUUCAGUUAUUUGAUAUCUUUCGGAAGCAGGUGGUUUAUAGAUUUUGAAACCAACGAAUUUCGCUGGCAUUUUGUUAGUACUUUAUGUGUGUCUAUAUAUGUCUCGUAACAAAACCUGUUACAAUUUGUCAGUUAGCAAAAUUGAACAAGCUUAACACCUAUACCUGUUCUUUCCAGAUUAUAUAAGGCUUAACUUUAAUCAAGGCUUGUCAGUUCAAUAUCAUACUCUCCCGUGACUCCUGUUAUCUUUAUAUCAGAAAGGUCAAAGAUUAGAAAUAUGCAAAACUAAAUAAGAAUAAUGUACAUUAGCCUUUGUCAUUAAAUAUUCUAAGUAUGUUGUAGAGGUGUACUGUAAUUAUAACUCGGAACUGAAUUGUCUCAGUGGUCUACAGAUCUCUAAAGUACAGUUAUAGUGCUAGCUUACUAGUCCCUCUCAUUAUCGGCUUUGGGUUUUCUGUUAUCGUCCACAUCGAAAUCAACUUGAAAACAUUGUACUCUUUAGAAUAUCACAAAGGAUCGCUGUAUCAUCAUAUAUUAUGAGUGUAUGUAUAUAUAUACAUGAUGUAAGUUAAUUUAUGUUAUUUACAAAACUUGGCGAAAUACAUUUUUGUGUCGGAGCAUAUCAAAACCAUUUUUGAAUACUUAAGUUUCCAUUUUGUGUUAUCCGCGUUCGUCUUAUGUACACCUUGUAAAGCCGUCAUUUAGAGAAGGGUAUAAUUAUGGCGAUAAAAUACAUUUUCACAAUACUCCAAAUAAUUCAAUAUAAAUAAGUGAACAGGCAUGAUCAACAACAUAUGAUGUAAGAAAUAAGGAUAUUCUUUACUCAUCACUGUGGUUGAAAUGUACGCCACAACCCUGGUCCUUGCAUAUGCCAAAUUUAUAAUGAAUUUAGAAGACGGGAUUUGUUGGUUGUUAUGGCAACUGGAAAUAUCUGUUAUACUCAUCCGUUGUUACCGAAUACAACUAGUAAUGCGAAAUGCAGUAAAGCAGUUUGAAAAUAUAAUGAUAUGGAAAUGGAUGAUAUCAGUUAUACUUUUACUUUGCACAUACUGAUACUAAAGUAACCACAGAAAUAUGUAUUUUUGGUCACAUUGAACUCGGAUAAUGUAUAUACCACAGUUUGACACGGAUAUUGUAUGUCCCACAAAUUGAACUCUGGAUACGCUGUACAUUAUAAUUUGAAUUUUGGUAUUUUCUCGUGCUUUUGUUAGUAAGAAGCAAAUUGUGCGAAUAUUAUAUUUUGACACGACAGGUUUCAUCUUAAAGGCUUUUGGAAUGGGUCUAUUGAGCAAAUACAUUGAGUGUUUUAUGUGUGGUCUAUCAAUACUCUUCAGAACUUUUGAAAAAUGUAAAGUUUUAAAAUCUUCCUUGUGUUAUAAUGUAUCGUCCAUCUCUAAUAAUUGCUUGUCAUCAUGAUAUCAAAUGUGGUAUAUUUCAAUGAGAUAUAUUUAAGGUUUUAUAGAGGAAUCUGGCAUUACAUCCAAAAUGGAACAGAAAUUUAGUGCACCAAAGAUCGUUUUUGUAUUAUAUGGUCGUCUUAUAAGUUUUAAAAUUAAUUCGAUGUUUUUCAAAGUUUUCAAAUAUCGAUUUGUUUUAUUUGUAAAGUACCAAAAGAAAUGCCGCAAGCUGCGAUUUUAAUUAAUAUCUGAAACUGAGAGUUGAUAUGUGGUUCAGACAUGGUAUGAAAAACGUGUACAAAAAAAACUGUUGAAAUCAUCACUACAUUAUACCCUGGUGAGAUAACUUCUAGGGUCAAAUUAUGAGUUCAUACCAUGUCUAAUACAAACACGUUUACUUAGAUUGUGUUUAAUCCAUUCCUAUUUUUGAAGAAUUUGUCCACGAAUCGGAAUAUACUGGUUCUUUUUUUAUGUCUCUACCGUUAGUGUAGACCAUUAUGUGAUGGGUCGUUGUCAAUGUGUUCUAUAGACCGUGUAUGUGAUGAAAGCCUCAACAUUUGUGAUAUUGUUUUAGAUAGAUGUCUUAUCCUGCAAUGUUAAUCUGCCUGUUUGGUUAAUUAUUAUUUAUACCGGUUUUUUUUUACUAAUUUGUAAUAAUUGACAAAAAGAAGUAUUUUUGUGUUUUCAUGAUUUGUGUUCAUCAGCAUGCUUCAUCUCGAGAUAUAUUUUCGUUAAUGUCAAUUAAUUGACUAUAUCACAAAACAUGCUUUUAAUAGGAAAUGUACCUUCGAAAAUAAUUAAACCAAAUAAAAAAAAAGAACCGAUGGAAAGCGAAGAACUCUCUGAAA